UAUAUUUUAAACCGUGAUACUAAGUACCUUAUCUAAUAUUCAUGGUGUAAAGAAGAUUCUUUCUACGCUGCUCUAAUAUUAUCAUUAUGUAGUAAUUGUACAGAAUUCUGUGAUAUCAAGUUAUAUAUAAUUUAACCAUAGAGUAAUUAGAGUAAUAUUAGUAAUAUAUAUAUUAGAGUAAUAGAGUAUUACUCUAUGAAUUUAACGAAAUUCUUUAAUGAUCUAUGUUUCUUAUCACAGAUCUCAAAUCAUUUGUCGUCACAAUGUUAAAAAGCAAAUUUUAGAUUUUUCACAACGUUAAUUUUCAAUUAUUGAUUAAUUGAUUGCUGUAAUUAUUUAAUAUUUGUUAUUGUGUGCUAUCGGCAUUUCAGUACUAUUGACUACAGAUUUAUAGCAUGUCGAAAAAUAAUAAUAAAUUUAUGACCACCAAGUUGAAAGGAACCGAAAUGUUAGCACGGCACUCUCAACACAAACCACUACAAUCCAGCUCGCAUAAUGAUUUUGUAGCAUCUGGCUCUCAUACUUCUGAUCUACAAGAGCAGAGUACAGUUUGGAGUAACUCUAUACCAAAAUUAAUUCCUGAAACGAAACAAGUUAUAUAUGGUGGUAGAGGAUUGGCAAUUUCAAAGUUAGUAGAAACAAUGUCUAAGACUCCAGGGGAACCUAUGGACAAAUGGAAUUACUCAAAUUCAGCAAUAGAAAGUCAUUUUAAAAAACUUAGAGAAGAAAGUGCAAAAAAAAUUAAAGAAGAUAAUGAAAAGAUUUGGGGAAAUUGGAUGCAUACAAAAAAGAAAAGUUGAUAUUUUGCUAUUUAGUUGAAAAUUAACUAAUAAAAUUACCAACAUUUUCAUCUGUAUAC